CAAAGUUAGCAGCUAAGGUAGCUAACGCCAUAGAAAUACCUGGGUGACGCUGAGGUGGGUGGAGCAUGCUCGGGUGGAGAGGGCGUUGCAUUGCUGUGACUCGGCUUCAGUGUCGUCUGAGAGGCACACGGAACAGUGUGGAGUAGUGAUUGAAGUGCAUUAGAAGAGUUGCUGUACCUAUUUGGAGUGUGUACAGGAGCGUGUGCGUUCAUAAAGCAAACCACACACAUAGACACACACAAAAGUGGAAGGGAAACUCUACAAGACGUGUGACUCUGAUGAGGCUGUGCGGACCAGAGCGGCUUGUUAUUGCUUUUCUGAAUUUUCUGGUGCGGUGGUGUAGCCUCAGGACUUGUGCAAUAUUGCACAAUCUAACUCUUAUAAAAAAAUACUGCCAAACUUAAAGGAAAAGGCUGUGGUCUUGUUUGUCCGUCAAAGAGGAAGCAACAGAAUCACUUUGGUCCACUGUGGUUGUAUUCAAGUAAUUUACAAAUAAAGUUGGAUUGGAUUUAGUUUCUGCUGUGGGACAUGGACACUUUUGUUAAAAAUAAAUUACAAGAAUGGGGACUCAGCAAGUGGAUACCUAAUUUUGAAGAUGAAGAGAUAAAUGAGCAAAGUUUUUACCUUCUUGAUGAUGGAUUAAUUCAUCAGUUGAUCCCAAAAGGAGGACCGAGGAUGAUCUUCAAGGGUAAACUUAAGUUGUUGAAGGAAACACAAAAUCCACCAUCAAAUCAGGAAGUGGUUGCUGCUCCGCCUCCAGAAGAUAAGAGCAUGACUCCUCCACCAUCAUUUCAUGAAAGGGUUAAUUUUCCUCCUCCAACUCCUCUACCAUCAUUUCAGGAAAUGGUUGAUUCUCCUCCUCCAGCAACACAGAGUCCUCCACCAUCAUUUUAUGAAAGGGUUAAUUUUCCUCCUCUAACUCCUCUACCAUCAUUUCUGGAAAUGGUUGAUUCUCCUCCUCCAGCAACACAGACUCCAACAACUCAGGAAAUGCUUUAUUCUCCUCCUCCAGUUCCAUCCACCAGUGACAGAGAUGACACAGGGAAGAGACUGCUGGAUCCUAAGGAGGAGACGCCCAGGAAACGUCAAUGUGUCAUUUCACCAGAUUCAUUUUCAGAAAGCGUCAUACGGGCUGGUGUGAGACACACAAUUGAUUUUGUCACUGAAAAACUACAAAAUAAAGACAACACAAGGCUCAACGCUUUCCUGAAAGAUAAAAUCAAAGAUUUGAUGACAGAAAAAAGGGAACUAGUUGGUGUCUUUGGGAAAACGGGAGCUGGAAAGAGCUCUUUGAUAAAUGCCGUCAUUGAGGAGAAGGAACUUCUGCCGUCUGGGGAUGUCGAUGCAUGUACCUCAGUCAUGAUAAAACUGGAGGCUAACAUGGACACACAAAGAUAUGAGGCACACAUUGAGUUCAUUACGCCAGAGGAGUGGAAAGAUGAACUGUGGUCUAUGGAAAAUGUUCUUGAUGAGCAUGAUGAUGAUUAUAGUGCCACUGAGGAAAAGAUUUCAGCACUGUAUGAACAAGAUUGGAAAGAAAUCUCUAACGGCAUGGACAACAAAUAUUUCAAAGAAAUUCCAGAAUUUCUCCAGUCAAGGAAGAAGAUUAUCAAAUGUGACUCGGCUAAAGAACUUGCAGAAAAAUGUGUCAAAUACACAAGAAAUUACUCCAACGUGGAAAAGUGUAAAGAAGUAAAGAGACAGUAUUGGCCGUUAGUGAAGUGUGUGACUCUCAGGGUUCCUGGAAAUGACCUCCUUCAGCAUGUCACAAUUGUGGACCUUCCGGGAACUGGGGAUCGUAACAAAAGCAGAGAUAAAAUGUGGAAAGAGAUUGUUGGAAACUGUUCCACUGUGUGGAUUGUGACUGAAACUACUCGAGCAACAGCAGAGAAAGAAUCUUGGGAGAUCCUGGAAAAUGCCAGCAGCCUUAUGGGAAAUGGUGGCGAGUGUCAGCACAUUCACUUCAUUUGCACCAAGUCUGAUCAAAUUAAUGAUUCAGAUUUUAAGUCACGAGAUGAAGUUCGUAAUCGUGUGCUUGAACGAAACGAAAAAGCCAAACGUGGAGUGAUGAAACAAUUCAGCAAGGAAAACGAAAUUAAGAAACACUUCAGUGAUGACUGUUUCAAAGUGUUCACAGUGAGCUCCAAAGAGUUUCUGAAGACUAAAUAUCUUGAGCGAGAUGAAACCGAAAUUCCGCGAUUGCAGAAUAUUUUGAAAGACCUGAACGACUCUCACUCAGAGACAUUAAACUAUGUGUCUGGAGCUCGUGGGAUUUUGUCUCUGAUUCAAGGAACCAGAUGCAUGGAAGUGGCUGGUAAAAAAGCAGAAGUGUGUAAGGAGCUUGAAGAGAAGAUGAGAGAUGAACUUGACAAAGUCAAAAAGUCCGUGGAAGAGGCUCAUUCAGCUUUUGAAUCACACCUUGCAGAGGGCGUUGAAGAAUCACUACGUUUAUGUGACAAAACAAUGAAGUCCAUUUUAGAGCCUGCAAGGACAUCGGGUAGCAGCUUUCACAAGAUACUGAAGUAUGUAGUUCAGAACAAUGGUGCCUACAAAUCAAAGAAAGGGAAACCUAAAAACUUGAAUGAGAAGUUAAGUUCACAUCUGACUGACAGCAUUGAUGCAGAAUUCAAGAAGACCUUCCCAAAUGAAAGCAACUCUGGACCUUUCAAGAAUGUCAUCAAAGAGUUUUCACUGAACACAGAGACGCUGAUUCAAAAGCACGAUGACGUCAAACUGCAACUCACUUUUCUCAAGACAGAGGAGGACAAACUCAAACUACAGCUCCACAAAAUCGUCCGGGAUCGUAAGAAGAAGAUCUACAGCAGCCUGACAGACACAAUUGAGGCAAACAUGAAAACAUGCUAUGACGAAGCAAAAGAGAUUCGUGGAAAGGACUCACUGUUAAAAAUGAGGGAGAUUAUUCGGACUCAUGUACGUGCUACAAGGAACACAAUGUUUGAGAUGGCUAAAAUGAACAUGUUGACACAACUGGAUGCUUUGAAGGAGGAAAUACUGAAGAAACUCGAGGAAACCCUGAUGGAAUCUAUUGAACUGGCACUCAAGACAGACAGCGACUCAUUCCCAGAUGUUUCAGGAGAGCUUGACAAUGUGACCAAAUACUACACUCACCUGGAAGGCAGGCCAGAAGAACGACCAGGGCCGUCCAACUGAUGACAGGAUUGUGUCUUCGAGGGUUAUAUUUCCCAAGCUUUUUCUUUGGAGACCUCAUUUUUAAAGGUGACAAACCAUCCUGACAAGAGCAGAGUUGUACUUUGUAACAUUUCUGACCAUUUUUAAUGCCGUUUCUGUAUCACCUUAUAUUGUAGGUAAAUUAGCCCUUUCCAUGAGAUAAUUGUGUGAUAAAUAAAUCACAGCUUCAUUUUAUUAAUGUACAAUUUAAAAAUGAUAAUUACUAUGAGAUAAGUGAGCGUGUUUGCUUUUUACCUGCUUUUUCUGUGCUUUGUGUUAUUGGACGAGGAUGGACCCAGCCCCAGGGGCCCAUGUAGGCUCACCAACUUCUUCAUGAUAAAAUAAGGAAUGAUUGUAAUCAUUUUUACUUUUACAUCUUGUUGCUUCUCCGUUGCUACGAUACACAGGACUCACAGCGAAUAGGACAAUCAGUUAAAAGUGUCCAUUUUCUGCUGGAUAGUAAUGAAUGACAGACUGAGAGGGCCUGACAGCAGGAGGAGGGUUUUAUUUUCCGUCUUAUCAAUUGUGCAAACUUCAUUAGUGGACUAACCUGGAUUUUUUUCUGUCAUGGUUUUGGGCUGACUUGUCAAAAAUAACAUUCUGUUCAAUCCAAAUGUUGUUUGUCUUUUAAAUAUGGAACAAAUCCUUAUUUUUUUUAUACAUAUAUAUAUAUAUAUAUUUUUCUGAUAUUGCCAAUUUUAACCACUUUAACGUUCACAUCUGCUUGUUUAAUGAUGUUUAAGGAUUUUAAAUUACAUUCCAAUGUUUUAUUAGUUUUAAGUUAACCUCUGAGUUAAAGGGGGACGGAUUAGAUGAAAUGGGAAGAACAGGUAAAAGAGCACUUUGGGAGUGGGAGUGUAAGCCCUGUGACUUAUUUCAUUUUCACAUGGAGGGCAAACACAGAACAGAUGAAAAAAUUCUUUGUCUUCUUGAUUCUUGAGGGGUUUAAUGUUUAAAUUGUUUUUAAUUGAUUUUGUUUCCAAUGUAUUUACUUGCUUCUGUAAUACACUAUGAAUUGCCUUGUGUAAGAAUGGCGCUAUACAAAGAAUCUUGCCUUGCCUUAUUUUACGUAAUGGUUGGCAACCCUAGGCCCAUGGGCUGUGGGGCCCCUGCAUUACUUUUUUUAAGAAUAUUUUAUUUUUCAGUUUUCAAUUUCAAGAUAUACAUGAACCAAUAAACUGUAUAUCUUCUUA